AUGGCGGCACCGGCCCUGGGGGGCACCUGCUAUGCGCGGGAAGACCUAGACGUCCUCACAUACAAUGUGCACGGCAUUAACAUUCGAGAAACAUGCUCCCGCUUUCUCAGAGAACUCAAAAGAUACAAGACAUCUGUAGCAUUCAUACAAGAAACGCACUUCCAAGAGAACCGAGUGCUACCCCUCAAAGACCGCAAUUACCCAAUGGGCUUCUUUAGCAAUAGGCCGACUAGGGAAUACCAUUCAUCAGAUGGAUACCCUACACGGAACUAG